AUGGGUGUCCUCAUCCUUCCAAUGCCACCUAUGACUAUAGAAGAAACUUGGGAAGAUUCUAGCCUGAUGCAGGUGGAGUGCUUACAUCUAAAGCUGCAGGAAGACAUUAUUCGAUAUUGUCGUGGGUUAAAUCUUGUGUGGAUUGGCAAAUUCAAAGCUGGGUCUCAGUUGAGACUUCUGCGCCAAAUAGAAAGAUUCUUGAGAGGUGGUGGCGUCAAUCUGGGCAAACUGGGACUUUGGUUCAGAUUGAAGACGUUCAAAACCGACUAG